CUAGUCUCUAUUAAAGAUUGCAGAAAAAGAAUAUCUAUAAAAAAAAAGAUAGCAAUAUCCAUCUUUUGUGUUUGUCACGAAAGCCGAGAGAAUGCUCUUCACGCGUUCUAUCAUUCACAUCAUUCACAUCAUUCACCAGGUUUCCGAUGACCUAGAGUGAUUUUAGUUUGAAAUUCAUGAGACAAAACAGACUUCCUCGUGCCACAGUCCCCUCACUCGUCCAACCAUAUUUUACACUUUAAUCAUUUUUUGCUACGCCCUUUCUCCACCGAGUCCUGACCUGCUUUUUGUUUUCCUUCUUUGACAUUUACACGUAGUAGCUUGGCUGAUCCGUCCUCUACCACUCUCCCCGAGACUGAUAUGACUCGUCAUCCGCUUCAGUCACUUGAUCAACAGCAGCAACAUCAGCUGCAAGACCAACAAGGACAACAAACUCGACCUGCGUCCCAGGACCGCAGCCUGCUUCCACAAUCGGUUAACCUGACUGUCUCUAGAUUCAGCCGCGACUGUACCGCAAGCGUCGUGUUUAGUUUACGUGACUCCAAUCCUACUACUGUUGCACCCUGGAAUUCGAUUUACAUUCCAAAGCAUUACCGUGCACCCAAUACUGGUCAACGACAAUCUUCACCAGGCGACUGGGACCUCGUAUUGAAGAUCUUUCCUCGGUUAGCUUUGCCCAAUGCUGAUCUACACACCUUCAAGUCACAGGAUCUUAUCUCUCCUUGUGAACGUUGCAGGACCAAGAAGCGCGACACGUUCCAAGUCGUAGGACCGGAUCCUACGGUGCCAUCUCCUCAACGUUUAUUUUUUUCCACUGGCGAAAUCCGUAUUUUCUUCAAGAUCUGUUGUCCGCCAUCACAUCAUGCCAGUACCGAUGAAAAUAACGGUUACAUCAUCACUUUUGAACUCCACCACGGCAAGCGUAUACUCAUGUCCCAGACCAUUAAGAACGCUGGCCCUGGAAUGGUUCCUGAGCCUGUGGCCAUGGAUAAUCUUCCUUCAUUGUCUCGUCCUGUAAAGCGCAAGAUGUCUUUGCCACCUACUAGUAGCUUGGAUGCUGCAGAUCCGUUCGCCCAAGCUGAAAAUGGAUCUAUACCUCGCAAACGAUCUACAGUUAUGUCUUUGAUGAAUUUAAUAUCGGAUGAGCCUCCAUCACCUGGCACUAUAUCUAGUGCUGCAACGGCAGACCCAUCUUCGCCAACAACAGCUGUGGUUCCCCUCUCACCCGAUUCGUAUCAAAAUGAGCGUGACGAACUCAACGCGCGUGAGAGGAACAAGAGUCUCUCGUAUGAUGAUCAAGCUCCGUCGUCAUGGUCUUAUGGGAAAGAACCCAAGCCCGAAUCGGGACGUGUUGAAGUGGCUCGAUCAAAGCCAGCAUCUUCUGUUGCUUCUACCAGCACUGCAAGUACAGCUAACACUUCUAACACCACAGCUGUCACCGCCAAUACGAAGCCGAUUAAGAAGCGCCAGGAGCCCCAUGAGUUGAGCGAACUGGGCAUUGGGCAGAGGGCCUCUGCUAAUCUUCAUGCAGCAUAUGUGAAUGGACAGCUUAGGGAGCGGUCAAAGGCUGGUCUUCCAACAGAUGGACUGGUGGACAUCGCUCCCAAGUCGAAGCCUGCUUCCAAUAAGCCCAAGCCUUCACACGCCUGCCCUGAACCUGACUGUGACAAGAGCUUUUCGCGCCUGUUCAACCUUCGGUCUCACAUGCGCACUCAUUCAAAAGCCCGACCUUUUGUCUGUGAAUCAUGUAACUUUGCUUUUUCACGUCGCCACGACCGCGACCGUCAUGCAAAGAAGCACUUGUCCGAGAAGCCCUACAAAUGUAUUGUCUGCGAAGCUACCUUCGUGCGACAGGAUGCUUUGGUGCGACAUCUUCGGAUGGAUGGUGUUCAGAAUCAGUGCAUGGCAGCGAUGGAACAGCGAUCUAUGCUAAUGAGCAACAGUGAAAAUAACAACAACUAUAUGAUCGCUGCCAAGCAACAGGUUCAGGAUGAGCAGCAGAAUGGCAGCGAAAAUGGUAGCAACGAAAAGAAACGUUCAGCAAAGCGUCAGCAAAGCAAAGACUCAUCAGAUCAAGAUGACGCAGCCUCGGAGGAUGACGAGGAGGCGGACAACGGCGAACAUAGCUGGCGCAAAAAAAGACUAUUUCCAAAGACGAUGGUGGUAAACACGCGAUGGCUAUCAAGGGAGAACAUCUGUCUGAGAGACAGGUUCAGGUCUCUCAACCACCUACACCACCCCAGGAGCGAACUGGCGCUCAUGAUGCUGGCAUCAUUGAGAAAGAUGUCAUUUAUGACCCUAGCAAGCAGGCAUCCUAUCCGAUGGCCAUGCGUUAUGAGAAGGGAUUUGGCCCUCAGGACUUUUAUGCUGAGGAUCGCUAUGGGUCUACUACACAUUCGUCUCACCCACGAUCAUUCUAUCCCAGCCCAUUACGUUCGCACUCUCGUUCCCAUUCACAGUCGCAACCGUAUCCAGAGUAUCAUUCCCCAAACCACCACGAUUUAGUGCCUUCUGCCUAUCCUCCACCACCCCUUGUAUAUCAUGGGUCUCAAUCAAAAUACCAACCUCAUGGACAGCAUGGACACCAUUAUCGAGAUAUACCGCAAAGCUAUGGCUACUCAGGGCCACAUUCCUCGCGUUAUCAUGAGCGAGCUCCUAAUCACGAAGGGAGAGGCCAUCCACUGUAUGGUGAUCACUCACAUCAUAUAGACCAAUAUGGGCCAUAUCCCGCUCGCG